AUGACGAUAAAAUUAUGUGCCAAAAUUAUCGAUCUUCAACGUUUGCGUAAACAAAUUGAUCAAAUUAAUGGAAUACCGGCAACAUUAUUAACAUGUUUAUUAUUACAACGAAAAUAUGAAAUGAAACGUUCAUUAAUUAUGGCCACUUAUUAUCGACAAUAUGAAUAUUUUCGUAAAUCAGCAACAUUGAAUAAUUUGCGUAAAUAUAUAAUGAAUCCAGAUAAUUAUUCACCAUCAUAUCGUGCAACAUUAACACGUCGUAAUACAUUGAUUAUAACAUUCUAUUUAACGAUUGUCAUUAUAUCAUUAUUCGGUAAUCUAAUCGUUUGUUAUGUUGUAUUCAAACGUAAACCGUUACGUAUAUCGACCAAUCUUUUAAUGACAAAUCUAGCAUUAUCUGAUCUAAUGAUGACCGUUGUUAAUAUUCCAUUUAAUAUUGCAAGAAUUUUAUUAAAUGAAUGGCCAUUCGGUUCGAUUCUUUGUAUAUUUGUACCAUUGGUGCAGGUGACCUCUGUAUAUGUAUCAACAUUAACAAUGACAAUCAUUGCAAUUGAUCGUUAUCAGGCAAUUUUGAAUCCAUUACAUAAACGUAUAACAACAACAUUACGAACAUCAACAAUAAUUAUUGUAAUAUGGAUUGCUGCUGCAUUAUUUUCAACACCAAAUGUUAUAUUUAAUCGUGUCGUACAAAUUGGUGGCCAUCUAAACCGUUGUCGUGCCAUAUAUCCAAAACCAGUAUUAUCCUAUCGACGUUAUGUAACAUUAUUUACAUUUCUAACACAAUAUGCAUUACCAUUAUCGAUAACGGCCAUUGCAUAUAUUCGUAUUAGUUUUUAUAUAUGGCAUAAAUUAAUACGACCAAACACAAGUGAUGAAAAUUUAGAUGAUGAUAAUAAUUGCGUAAUGAAAACAAUGACAAAAACAACAAAUGCAGCAGCAUCAGCAUCAGAUAAUAAUCAUUCAGCAGCAGCAGCCAUUUUUAAAAAGGAUUCCAUCGAAAGUGCAAUGGUGCCUACGGUUAUUCAUAAUAAUAAUGAUCAACAACAAAAUUAUCAUUCACAAAACAAACAAAGCAAACAUCGAUCAAUAGCAUUGACAAAUUUAUCUAAAUAUCAUGCUAGUAUCCAUACAUUACGUGAAAGAUCACGUCGAAAAUCAAUUAAAAUGCUUGCAUUAGUUGUUGCUGUUUUCUCAAUCUGUUGGUUACCAUUGAAUAUAUUUCAUUUAAAUUCAGAUUUCUCAUCAAGUAAUCGUAUUAGUGAUCCAAAUAUAUUUUUCAUUUGUCAUUGGUUUGCAAUGUCAUCAGUGUGUUAUAAUCCAUUCAUUUAUUUUUGGCUCAAUCACCAUUAUCGUCAGGAGAUUAAACAUUUAGUACGUUAUCUGAAUAUUCUUUGUAUGAAACAACAUCGUUGUCGUCGUUCAACUCCAACGGCUACGACAACAGUAGCUGCAGCAACCAUCCAAGUAGCAAAUCGUCAUUCAAUGAUUGAACCAGCUAUAGUAAUGGAUGAUGGUGAUCGUAAUGAUGAACAUAGGAAACAUUCGUCACCAUCAUUAUUAAAUAAUCAGAAAACAAUUGGCUAUCAACAUUCAAAUCAUCAUCAUUAUCCACUUCAUCAUAGUUUUCAUGGCCAUUAUCAUCAUCGAUUAAAUAAUCAAAUAUUACGACCAAUUAAAGAA